UUACCUGGGCUGGCUAACCAUCCCCUCUCACCUGGAGGAGGCCGGCCGAGCUCCCGGCUUCCUCUGGCGUGUCCUGGGUGUGGUUGCUAACCCCCCCUCUUCCCCCGACCUUCCGCCCUAGGCUAGACCUGUUUUUAUCCGCGCCCAAAAGCCCGGGGCUUUUGGUUCUCUGUCCUCUGUUUCAUUCCUUUUCUUUCUUCUUCUUCAUCGUGACCGCCGCUACGGUGCGGCCCGCCGCUACGGUGCAGCCCGACCUUGGCUGAAUUCGACUCAGCCAAGGUCCUACCACCCCCCCUGUGAAAUCGGACGCCUUUUCACAGGGCCUGGGUGUUCGUUUCGGCUGCAACGGACAGCCUUCGGGCGUAACUGUCCCCUCCUAGCCUAGACCCCCGUCUCCCGUCGAAAACUAGGACUGGGUCAGCUAGCCCAUAGCACGGUCCCCUGGGUACUCUGACGCCUGUGUCCAGAGCAACUGUGUUCGGGGCAUCUUCGGGUGCCUUCUGCGGAUAUUUUCACGGUUCUAGCCAUGGGCGCUAAGUCUUCAAAACCAAUUCCCCCUUCCUCUCCUCUGGGACAGCUGUUGGAAGCUCUACAGCCCCACGCCUUAAUUCCUUCUGUUAAAUUAUCUACACUCAUCCGCCUUUGCUCUAAGAGGUGGCCGUCCUACGGCCUACAGGGGAACUUUAAAUGGCCAUCUUGCGGGUCUUUUGACCCCGAUAUUCUACGGGAACUAGCUAACUUUUGCCACCGUUCUGCUAAAUGUAAAGAAAUGAUGUAUAUUAUGGCAUUCUUUUACAUGGCUUUAAAAACAAAUCCUUCUACUGUCUCUCAGUGCUCACCGGCUCACAUGUUCUUAGCAAUGCCGCCCCACCCGGAACCUCCUGCUCCUGCUAUGGACCCCGCGGACGAACCUCCACCUCCCCGGCCUCGCGGGGCUACUCCUUCCCGUUCUGCCAGAUCUAACGAUGGUUCUUCCAUUCCCCUUUCCUCCAAAGUUUCUUUUAGGCACAAAAAAUCCUCCUCCAGGUCACCUAACCGUUCUCCGUCUAGUUCCCCAACAGGCUCCCGUUCUGGAUCUACAGGGAUUUCGCCCAGUUCCUCCGAGGAAUCUUCCACCCGCCUCCGCCGAUCCCGGGAGCGGUCCCGGGAGCGGCUGGAAAAUUCUCCCCACCCCCACCACAGGUCGCAUGGGGGGGUGGAGGCUUCCACCCACCCCCACCGCAGGACAUGCAGACAGUCGGAAACGUCUUCGGAUUCUUCCCCAUCCCCCUCCCGCCCCGUCCCUCGGCCGCGAUCUUCCAAAGCACCUCUGGGCUCCACUCCCGCCCGCCGCCUCGCUCACUCCCUGAGGACAUCAGGUUCCUAAAGGCUACCACUGCCUCCUGUGAGAUCUGCCAAAAGUCAGAUCCCAGGACCAAAUAUCGUAGCUUUCCUUUCCCUACUCACCAAGCCAGGGGCUCCCUUCCGGGAACUGACUGGCAGCUGGAUUUUACUCAUAUGCCCACAGUUAAAAAAAUUAAAUAUCUCCUGGUGUUGGUGGAUACAAUGUCUGGGUGGGUUGAAGCUUUCCCCACCUCUAACAAGAGAGCCCAGACAGUUUCUGAUAUCCUCCUCCGAGAAAUUGUUCCGCGGUUCGGGCUCCCAACUUCUCUUCAGUCAGAUAACGGCCCAGAGUUUACUUCCCAGAUUUCUCAGAAUCUGUCUAGGGCACUUGGAAUCCCCUGGAAUUUUCAUAUACCAUACCACCCCCAGUCUUCAGGUAAGGUAGAACGGACUAACCGCUCUUUAAAGGAUGCCCUCGUUAAGAUGUCACAAGAACUUCACCUCGACUGGGUAAGGCUCCUGCCCCUAGCCCUUCUCAGACUUCGGGCUCUCCCAAAGGGCCCUCUUUUCAUUUCACCCUUUGAACUCAUGUAUGGGCGGCCGGUUUUAACCCCUGGCCUCCCAUCGGGAACCUCUCCCCUUCCUGAUCACCUGCUCACUCCCCUCCUUUUCCACCUACGUUCACUGCUGUGGGACUUCACGGAUCACUCACUACCUCAACCAUGUGCCAACGCAUGCCCACCGCCGGUUAAAAUAGGAGAUAAGGUUUUAUUCUCACCUCCAGGUCAACGUCCCUUACCCCUUUCCCCUAAAUGGCAGGGUCCUCUCAGGGUAAUUCUUCUAACUCCCACAGCUGCCAAGCUCGAGGGAAUUCCUCACUGGAUUCACCUGUCACAUCUGAAACCGUUCAUCCCUACAGCUCAGAACAAUCCUCCUUACACGGUAACUCAGACGGGACCAUGUUCCCUCAAGUUCCAAAGGACAACAGGUCCAACCCCCUCUACUCCAGCCUAAGGAAAACAACGGUCUCAUUUUUCAUUUUUUCCUCCUGUGCUAAUACACCCCCCCUUUUUCUAAAUUCCUAAAUAACCAUCCAGUUGUCUCUACAGGAAUCAUCAUCAAACACAGAGCCAAGAGGUUCAGGUGAUAAGCAAAUGCUUAACCAAGUUCCUGACAUAACAGGUUUGUCACUGACUGCAGCAGUGACCCCUAAAAUGUUAAGGAAUAUAUGAUUAAAAUCUAUUUCUUUUAAGACAUUCUCUUUAAGCUCCAAGACACCAGCCGGACCCACCUGGACAAAGCAGACACAAGCAGAACGGAAUAAGUAUCAUUCAAUCAACGGAAUAAGUAUCAUUUACCUUUUUUAUUCUUAUUCUUAACCCCUGGCCUCCUGAAGCCCACCCCCUCCACCCCAAAUCUCCCCUCUAACUUUUUUUCUUUCUACUAAUGCAACUUUUGUUUUCCAGCAUCCUAACGGUGACCCAGCCACUCAAGAGCCAGACAGAUACAAUCUCCAGACAGAUGCGAUUUCUUCAAUCAGCCACUUGAUGCCAGCGGACAAAACAUCGAUAUGACAUCAUCAGGACAAUAGGACGCUCCCCGGACCCCUCGACGCCCAAAGUCAGCAGGAAGCAGUCAUGAGAGACCGGGCUACGCCCCUAUUCCCUACCCGUUAAGACCCUCAACCCCCCCCCUCAAUUUUUUUUUUUAAUAAAACCAAAAGGGUGGAAUGUUGUUCCUUUGGAGACAAGGCCACACAUGCGCAGAAAAUACAGUCUCCAAGUGGACUACAAACCCCAAAAUGCCCAGAGCCCUUUAAAAAUGGGCGUUCCAACCCGCCCUCUCUCUCUUCUCUCGCGCUCCCCCCUCCUCUUCUCCUUUCGUCUCUUCACUCCCGUUCCUUGUAUGUUACCCUCCCCCAUUAAAGUUUACCCACGUGGGACCCCGCGUGUCUCGUCUCUCCUUCCCCAACCCCGCGCGUCUCGUGUCUCCCCCUCCCGAACAACAACACCCCCACCUUUAAAAAAUAAUAACAUUUUGGUGCCGUCUGCUCGGGGACCUUCUCGCCCCGGGGCCCUCACCUGAGGCCUCGGCUCUGGGUUUUGGCGCCUCCUGGAGCUCGGGGCCUCCCCCGGGACAAGGUCAGAACCGGACGACCUGCGACCACUCCACGUGUUCCAGCCAUCUCGACACGGCCCUCCCUCUCCAACCAUCAGCGGCUAAUUCCAUCCUAACGGUGACCCAGCCACUCAAGAGCCAGACAGAUACAAUCUCCAGACAGAUGCGAUUUCUUCAAUCAGCCACUUGAUGCCAGCGGACAAAACAUCGAUAUGACAUCAUCAGGACAAUAGGACGCUCCCCGGACCCCUCGACGCCCAAAGUCAGCAGGAAGCAGUCAUGAGAGACCGGGCUACGCCCCUAUUCCCUACCCGUUAAGACCCUCAACCCCCCCCCUCAAUUUUUUUUUUUAAUAAAACCAAAAGGGUGGAAUGUUGUUCCUUUGGAGACAAGGCCACACAUGCGCAGAAAAUACAGUCUCCAAGUGGACUACAAACCCCAAAAUGCCCAGAGCCCUUUAAAAAUGGGCGUUCCAACCCGCCCUCUCUCUCUUCUCUCGCGCUCCCCCCUCCUCUUCUCCUUUCGUCUCUUCACUCCCGUUCCUUGUAUGUUACCCUCCCCCAUUAAAGUUUACCCACGUGGGA